CCCCUCUCUCUAUCUGAAAUUCUGAAUUGCAAUUUUUUUUUUUUUUUUUUUAUAUAUGGAUGAACCUCGUGCUAACGUGCGCCAAAGUGACCAACCACCUCCUACUCCAAAAAUCGAAGUGCCCGACUCUUCUCUCUCUAUUGUGCCCCCACAAGGCCUUUCUUCACCUCCUUCACAUUCCUCCUCAACGCCCACAUCUGCUCAUCCCUCCCCAAAAAAUCUUCCCUCUCCGACUCCUUUUUCUGGUCAAACCGCCGGGAGGCACCCUUUUUAUAGGGGAAUCCGGUGUCGAGGUAAUAAAUGGGUAUCGGAGAUUCGAGAGCCGCGCAAAACUACUCGAAUAUGGCUCGGCACGUACCCGACGCCUGAAAUGGCGGCUACCGCCUAUGAUGUAGCAGCGCUGGCCUUAAAAGGCGCUGAUGCCACCUUGAAUUUUCCCAACUCCGUUCUGUCAUACCCUAUCCCAAAGUCCACCUCCGCUAGCGAUAUACGCGCGGCGGCAGCGAGGGCCGCUGAGGCUCAGCAAGCAAAGCCCGAGAGUUCCGAGAGCCCAAACCCCACCCAACCUAAAAAGGAGGAGACAACAGAAUCCAGUAGCUUGGCAGCGGGGGAGGAUCAAUUCAUUGACGAAGAGGAGCUUCUGAACAUGCCUAAUCUAUUGGUGGACAUGGCCGAGGGAAUGCUGGUUAGCCCGCCUAGACUCAAGUCCCAACCCUCCGACGAUUCCCCCGAGAAUUCAGACAGUGAUAGUCUAUGGAGCUACACAUAAUCAAAGCCAGAAAGGUGGAGAAGCAGAACCAUCAUCAUCACCAUCAUCAUCAUCAGGUAAAAGAAUUACUAUGGUAAAUUUUCCACUUUGUUUGUGAGAUUUGUUUUUGGAUUUCCUUUUCUUUUUCCAACAUUGAUGUUGGAUUCCGAAGCUGAUCGGGUUGCAGAGAUUCCAGUUACUAACCUGUAAGAAAGCGUGUACUGUACAGCUACCAUUAAUGUGACUAGUGCUUAUAUAUCUCAAUGUCAUAACUACCCCUUUUGAUAAUUGCCA